AUGAACUCGCCACACUACGAUCUCUUGGGAGUGCGCGAUGAAGAUGUAGAGCGCCUUCAAACCAUGACGGUAUCUCGAGUAUUGGACUUACUGUCACAAGGUUGUACGGACUAUGAUAAUUUAGGACAUAAGCGUGAUGAUUACAAUAACAUGUGUCAGCAUAAUUUCACUAAUCACCUAAUCAAAGCCUACAACAGGCUAGACGAAAACCUUUCAUCCAGCAUACGUUCAUUUACAUGGUCAUUGGCAACCUCAAUACUGCGUGAUAUGUCUGGGUACAUACAACUGGGAAGGCAAACUGCUGCCAAUACCAAGUCAGUAUCGCAACCGCAUCAAUGUACAGGACGAUCUGGUUGGCUCAGUUAUGAUGCUUUUGAUGGGAAACGUUACACGUACUGGGUAGGGGUAGCCCCCUGGACAACUGGACCGAACUGUGAUACUACUGCUCGUGAAGAUGUAAUAGCAUCCACCUUUGUGUAUGCAUACGAGAAGUUAAAACAAGUCAAUGGUACCUCCAUGUGUGUAUCAAUGACCCACGGUGGUACUUGGCACGCUGAUGUGCGCAUCGCAAGUUGGGAAGAAGCUAAUUCUUGUGGGAUUAAUUUAUGGUUUAUUCCAUGUGAAGAUGCCAAUUACGUUCACGAACCUGAGCACGACGAAUUGUAA